CUACAUCGGCGCGCGGGGGGCGUGGCCGGCAGCGCCGCGGCUCAGGCCGUGCGGUGCGGAGCGGACGCGAGCGCUGCUGCGUUCCCCGGGCGGCGCCGCCGCCGAGCGGCCCCCGCGGCCCUAGUGCCCGCCUGCCGGAUCCCCGCCGCCCAGCCCAGGUUUGAGAUCUGCACAAGAACCAAGAUCAAGAACCAUGGCAUCCAUCCCAUCAAGCGGCUCGCUCAUGGCGACACACAACUACUACAGAAGACGCCUGAGCUCCACAUCCAGCAACAGCUCCUGCGGCAGCUCGGAAUAUUCUGGGGAGGUCAUCCCCCACCCUCCGGGUCUGCCCAAGUCUGACCCUGGCCACUGGUGGGCCAGCUUCUUCUUUGGGAAGACGACCCACUCGGCCAUGACAACCGUGUCAGAAUCCCCAGAGAGCUUGGGAGCACUGCAGGUGACAAUGGGACCAAUGGCUUGUGGCCUGGCGCCGGCCCCUGGAGCGGGACGGAGGCGCCACGCCAGUGAGCCCAGCUCUGGCCCCUCAGCCUGAGUGGAUCGACGGCUGCUCCCCAUGCCGGCGGGCACAUCCCCUUCCCCCCGUAGAGUAGGCAGGCUGCUCCGAGGCAAAGAUGCUGCUUUGUAAUACAAAAAAGCGUGCGGCAACCCCCUGAUGAUUCCCACACCAGCCUUUUUACUCUUUCUUAAUGCAGCUACGCCCUUUCUGCGCAGACUUGGUAACAGGUUUUAUUCACCUUGUACUUGUACAAUGUCAACUAAUAAAGUCAAGCAGCCUUUUCAAA